AUGACGAAUACUGGGAAACUGCUAGAGAAAACGAGAUGGUGUAGUUCCUGGCGCAAGGGUUUCCUCCUCAUCCUGGUGCUGGCGGCUGUUUUUUUUCUCUACAGCACAAACAAAGAGCAAAUGCUCUUGAACCCAAAACAAUGGUGGCAUCGUAUAAUAAGCCAGAGACAAAAUCUAGCUUCCUACACAGCUGGUGUUACCACGAGCGCACCUACAUCUAAAUCGACUGAGACUGCAUUUCCUCAAACUGAGAUCGUCACAUCGUCAGUGGCGACAGACACGACUCGAAGGACUACAAAUGCUUCGGUGGUGACUCAGCAGAUGGGCCAACCAAAAGCUGAGCCGGCAACACCUGUUCCUUAUAAAUCCCCGGGCCCGUACGUAGUGGAAUACCCCUACGAGUACCACUUUAUCAUAAACGAGCCGAAGAAAUGCGAGCAGGAGAAGCCUUUUGUGGUCCUCGUGGUUCCGGUGGCGCCCUCCAACAGGGCGCACCGCGACGUCAUCCGGAGCACCUGGGGGGGCGAGAGUCCGGUUCUCGACAAAGUGGUGACGCUGUUCUUCCUGCUGGGGAAGCACUCCGGAGACGGGGCGGCGCAGCUCCAGGAGCAGCUGCUGCAGGAGAGCGCCGAGCACCGAGACCUGAUCCAGAGCGACUUCCUGGACUGCUACAAGAACCUGACCAUCAAGACCAUGGUGAUGCUGGAGUGGCUGGACGCCCACUGCUCCGCCGCCGGCGUCCCGUACGCCAUGAAGAUCGACUCGGACAUGUUUCUGAACGUGCCCAAUCUCGUCAGCAUGCUGUUAAAAGCCCCGACGACAAACUACAUGACGGGACUCGUGGCGAGAGGAGCCGCGGUCCUUCGAGAUCCAAACUCCAAGUGGUUCAUACCUGUGGAGCUCUUUCCUCAGCCGCAGUACCCGCGUUACGCCCUGGGUCUGGGCUACGUUUUGUCUAUCGACCUCCCUAAAAAGCUCAUACAGGCUUCCAGACACGUUACUGCUCUUUACAUUGAGGACGUGUAUUUGGGGUUGUGUAUGCAGCACUUGGGCAUCCCUCCCACCGACCCCCCAAACUGGGGAUAUUUCCAAGUGAAUCCUGUGGGGUACAAUCGCUGCUCUUACUCCCGACUCAUUGCCACCACUACAAAUAAAGACGCUGAUCGUGUGAGUGAGUGGAAAGACUUUAAAAAACCGGGUACAUACUGCUGA